AUGGCCGCAGAGGACCGCUCACUGAAGAGUUGCCUCACCGAUCGUGUAUUCUUCUUCCAACACCCAAGCUUCGAGUGCAUCACGUACCUCGAUCAUGGAGGAACAACAUUGACGAGCAAGACACUGCUCCAUGUGUUUGCGAAGGAGAUGCAAACCACUCUCUUAGCCAACCCUCAUUCCGAUGCCGCAAACCCAAGCGCUUCCAGCUCUAUCAUCGCAGAGACCCGGACAAAAGUUUUGCAAUUUUUCAACGCCGAUCCAGAUCAUUUCGAUAUUGUGUUCACAGCCAAUGCCACAGCAGCUGUAAAGCUGGUGAUGGAUUGUCUCUCCGGAUCCGAACACGGCUUCGACUAUUAUUACCAUCUGAACUGCCAUACCAGCCUUGUCGGUGUAAGAGAGCUUGCAAGGCGUAGCCACUGCUUUGCGACUGACGGUGAGACUCAAGAGUGGCUUGGUGGUCUACGGCAACCAUUCGAGCCAUGCGAUGACGAUCGGACGACACUGUUCGCUUAUCCAGCCCAGUCGAACAUGAACGGUCAAAGACUUCCCCUGCAUUGGGGUCAUCAGCCUCGAAAGUCUGGAAUUCAUCCAGACACAUACACCCUUCUUGACGCUGCAGCCUUCGUGUCCACCAGUCCACUCGACCUAAGCGACCACGCCACUGCCCCUGACUUCGUCGCGCUGUCAUUCUACAAGAUCUUCGGUUUCCCAGAUCUUGGUGCUUUGCUCGUACGCAAAGCAUCAGCACACGUAAUGGGAAAUCGCAAAUACUUUGGAGGAGGCACAACGGAAAUGAUGACAUGUCUUGAGGAGAAGCCAUGGGUAGUGAGAAAGGAAGCCAGUCUCCAUGCCCGGUUGGAGGACGGGACCAUCGCCAUACGCAGUAUCUUAGCGCUAAGGUGCGCGCUUGACAACCAUCGUCGGCUAUAUGGUUCUAUGGAGGAUGUCUCGCAGCACACCGGCUGGCUUGGUAAAAUACUGUACGAGCGCCUUGGUGCAUUGAAUCACUCCAACGGCAUACCAGUGUGUCACUUCUACAAAGCCACAGCAUCGACAUACGCCGAUCCUAAGACGCAAGGUGCGACAAUUGCAAUGAACAUUCGAAGAAGCGAUGGCUCAUGGAUAGGCCCUUAUGCUGUCGGAGCAAUGCUCAGAAGAUAUGGUAUACACGUUCGAAGCGGUAGUCUGUGCAAUCCGGCCGGCAUGGCUCUCGCUCUCAAUUUGAGUCCAUUUGACGUGAGAAUGGCGUACGCGGAGGGCUUUCGUUGCAAUCAACAAGACGAUGUUCGUCAAGGAGAGGUCUUGUUUGGCAUGGUCAGGGUGACCCUUGGUGCGAUGAGUACUUUGGAAGAUGUGGAAAAACUCGCCUCCUGCGUCGAAAGAGAACUCGUAGAUCAAGAUUGUGUAAGAAAAGAUUCUUCCGUGAUCAAUGGCGACACAGAAACGGGAGAGGACAGCAAGCCAACGAUCAUGUCAUAUGAAGAGCAGAAGAAGUUGUCGAUGACUCCCGCACCUAACAACCGGAGAAGGAUGGCCAAGAAGUGGAAAGUAGUUGGUAAUUGUUUUUUUCGAUUCGGAAGUUCAGGUCGAUGUUGAUCGCACAGCAGAGGAGGAUAGUCAUAGCUUCGCUUGAAGGCCCUGUCCAGAAGCGCGCUGCCAAUGACCUUGAGUAAUUUCUUAUGUAACAUCUUAUGUACUCAGUCAAUAUACUCCUUGCUUUCC